AUGGCCCCGAAAACUGGCCACGUCUUCAGCGAGCUAGUCGUUCGCCUACGAGCCAAUUAUCAGGAUAAGCGGCAGAGAUUCAACGUAUUCCCUCCUGCAGGCCAGCCUACUCUCGAUACCGAGUUUGUACAUGGAGAAAGGCCAUAUAUGGGCAUCUGGUACGACCAUGGUGCCGGACUCGGUCGAUAUGUCCGACUCUUUGACAUUCCGGCUACGUUAUCGGGACGAAUUCCUCGCCUGGAACGCCACUUUGAAAUAGACGGCGGCAUCCUCCGCAACCUCCAAGAAUGCCCCGACCUACCUCAGCCUAUUCCUGAUGACUUUGAGGAUAUCGGGCAUCUUGUCAAGCAGCCACCACUCCUUCAGGUCGAUACGUCGAAGCAUCUCAAGAGAAUCAAGUAUAAAAGCGAGAUUGAGAACAUUCUGAAGUGCCAAGGAGGAUCAUGUCCUGGACAAGUUCUUUCUGCACAUCUCGUUCGUCUCCUCGGCAUAUCUUCCGACGGGCUGUUAGUCUUCGAAAAGCUGGCUACACGUGGGCCCAUCCUGGCGCGCUUCUCAUCUCUCCGGACUUACAAGCGAUGGAUUCUCCACAUUAUCGACGCGCUGGCUUGUCUUCAUAGCCACGGUAUUGUUCACCGAGAUCUCCGCAUCGACAACUUCUGCGACCUUGAGAGUCGCUGGGGCCAGCGCGCCGCCCCAGAAAUCUCAUUCAAUGGUGGACUAGAUUCUGGAUGGACUGUGCGGUCGGACAUCUAUGACAUUGGCAACUGCAUUAAGUGCAUGGUGUAUGCUAAUGCGCCCAUCAUCAAUCAAGUUGAGUGGCCAGUUCCGGAGCCACUCCAAGCAGUCGUCAAUGUUUGCAUGCGCGAGGCGUCGCAUGAACGACCGACGCUGUUCGAGCUGCAACAGAUGGUGGAGGCAAUCCCUAUCGGCGAAGAAUAA